AUGGCUGCACCCACCUCCUUUCCACUCUUCGGCCAACUGCCCCCCGAGCUGCGCCAGAUGAUCUGGGCAUUCUCUCUUCCCGACAUCCCCGCCGAGAUUGACAAAUGGAGCACAAUAUGUCCCAUCCUAGGCGACGAUGCCGAUCAGCUGCACAAGUUGCUGCGAGCGCCUCGGAUGGUAACGCUACGCAUCCCCGGACUGAUUUGGGUCAACCACGAGGCGCGCACCUUCGCGCAAAAGUGGAUGCAACGCAAAGGAUACCGCUGGUUUCCCCCCUGGCCGCGGGCUACUCCUGCUGGCGGCCACCCCAAGAUUCACAACGAUCCCUUUAAACCCUUCGACCGCGACUCCCAGGAGUUUCUCUGCCGAUGCGUCGACGGGCCGACAUUCCUCCACUACGACCCCAUCUCGUUCAUGUCGCCCAGCCACUACGAGCUCCUGCUGCCGGCGGGGCUUAGCCCUUUUGCCAAUCGGGCAGAAACACGCCUGGCCGUUCCACUGGCGCUUCUGGAAAGGCAUCCCGACGCUCUAAAGAUGCUGUUCCAUCACUAUCUACUCCUGCACACCAUUGUCGUGGUCCUGCCUCCGUACCCGGCGGAGGCAAACGAGACGACUUGCGAUGGGUGGUGGACGGUCAAACUGCGCGAAUGGGGCGAGGCAAGGCGUCUGGAGUAUCAUCGUGACUCCCAGCUUUCUCACGCGGAAUGGGUGGUGCAGGGAGCCACCGACAUCGGAGAGGAGGAGUGUAGCCUCAUCGAGGAGGCGUUCAAGCAAGCAUGGGAUAGCCCAUAUUUCCCAUGUACUGAGAGCCGAGGAAUGAACUUGAAAGUUACCAGAGGUGGUAAAUGUAUCACGUAUUGGUACUUUACGCCAUGA